UGUUUCUCUGGCUCUGUUUUCCCCAGUCUCUUUUCCGACGUGCGCGCAACAACACCUAAAAUCAAAGUGGAGCAGACAAGAGCCCGCUUCCCGCGCUUGCUGCUCUUUAGAUUAACUAAUUAAUUACUUGCCCGAUAUAUAAAAUGAUUCACGAGUCAUUAUAAUAAUUAUAAUGUCGAAGCCUUCCACAGGCGAUACAGCAGCUCCAGUACGUCUAACAUAAUCUAUAAAAAGCUUUUGGAUCACCAAUUUUAAAUGCUGUAUUUUUUUCGUUAAAAUCCACAAGGAGAUGCAAGUGUGUAGUAUGUUUCAGCUUCUGUUGCGACGCCAAAUUGCAUUUGCGGCCAGCACGCCGCUCGAUCCCUCGAUCGUUUAGACCCCUUCAUUGACUCAGUUUUCCUAGUGGUGGACAAUCGGUCCACCCCCCAAUAUUUUUCGGAGCGCCAUCAAGCGUUUUCCAAUGAUGCAAAUCCCAUUUACUCGGAUUUUCAAAGUAAUUUUCGUGCUCUCAACAAUUGUCGCCGUCACAGAUUGUUGUUCGAGCCGGAUCUUACUUCUCCGAGAGCAUACGCUGAAAAUUGUGCAGCAUCAGCACAGCCACAUGCACGAGCAUGCGCACGAGCUGCAGCAGCAGAUCCAGGAGACUGCGGUUGAGUUGCUCAAUCGCCUGGAGCUGCAGCGCAAGCAACUGGAGGCUUCCGCUCAGGAGGAGGCAGACCAGCUGCAACCUGAUACGGAUACCAGUCCAGACGCUGGCAGCCAACUACCAAACGCAGACGACUUCAAUGCUGCGGAUCCUGAACAGGAUGGGGUUGUUCUCGGAUCCAGUACUGUCACCUGGUUGGGCAGCGAAAGCAGCACACCAAUCACCGAUUCCGAGACAGUGACAACACCCGAAACAGUUACGCACACCGGAGAACCGCCACCUGACCAAAGCUCGUCCAGUACGCCAGGCUCCACAACUUCCAGCCCAAACGACAAGGAGACAGAGAUUCAGAUGCUGCCCUGCAGCGAAGCUUACAAUACUAGCUUUUGCCUGAACGGUGGCCACUGCUUCCAGCAUCCGAUGGUAAACAACACAGUCUUCCAUUCCUGCCUCUGCGUAAACGACUACGAUGGAGAAAGGUGCGCCUACAAGAGCUGGAAUGGUGAUUACAUCUACUCGCCCCCAACAGCGCAGCGGAAGGUCCGGAUGGCACACAUCGUCUUCUCCUUUCCCGUACUCAUCAUGCUGUCCUCGCUCUACGUGCUCUUCGCAGCCGUUUUCAUGCUCCGCAACGUGCCGGAUUAUCGCCGAAAGCAGCAGCAACUACACCUGCACAAGCAGCGCUUUUUUGUCAGAUGCUGAGGGACCUUCGAAGAGGAGAGGUGCUCCUCUGGAUUUAGAUUUGAUUUGGAAACAAUUUGGUUUCACCUAUAUAAGCCUCUUUGUUGAUUGGCAAAUUCUUGUUGACCAUAUUU